AUGGCCUCCAAGAUCUACAACGUCGGCGUCAUCGGCUACGGCUUCAGCGCCAAGAUCUUCCACAUCCCCUUCAUCUCCCAAGUCCCCGAGUUCAAACUCCACGCCAUCGUCCAGCGCACCCCCAAGCCCGACGACGACGCCGAGAAGGACCACCCGGGCAUUAAGUCCUACCGCACCUCCGAGGACCUGGUGAAGGAUCCCGCCGUCGAUGUGGUUGUUAUCACCACGGCUCCGGACUCUCAUUUUGCCCUGGGACAGCUCGCCCUGAAUGCGGGCAAGCACGUCGUCUGCGAAAAGCCUUUCACCCCGACCAGCAAGGAGGCCAAUGAGCUCGUCGCCCUCGCCAAGAAGCAGAACAAGCUGCUGGCCGUGUUCCAGAACCGCCGCUGGGAUGCCGACUUUGUCACCCUCUCCAAACUCGUCAAGAACGGCUCUCUGGGCCGCAUCUCCGAGUUCGAAACCCACUUCGACCGGCACCGUCCGGAGGAGCCCGCAGCCGACGCCUCGAAAUGGAAGAACAAGGUGAUGCCCGGCGGCGGGGCGAUCUACGAUCUGGGCACCCAUCUCCUAGACCAAGCGGUGCAUUUGCUCGGUCUGCCCAAGCGGAUCACGGCCUUCAUUGGUUCGGCUCGCAGUGCCAAUUCCUCUGGCUUUGAGGACUCGUUUACCGUGCUGCUGCACUAUGCUACCGGCACAAUGGUUACCGCUAAGGCGACGGUUGUUAGUCCGGAGGAGGAGCAGUUGCGGUUCUGGGUGCGGGGUGAGAAGGGAAGCUUUAAGAAGUUCCACCUUGACAUCCAGGAAGACCAACUCAAGGCUGGUAUCAUGCCCACUGACAACGGAUACGGCCGGGAGCCUAGCGAGAGAUACGGCACCCUAACGACCAUUCAAAACGGCUCACCCACCAAGGAGAUCGUCCCCACCGUGGAGCCGCCCACAUACACGGAGUACUACCGGAAGCUCGCACGCGCCCUGAGUGGCGAGGGCGCGCUGCCGGCUAGCGGCGCGGAGGCGAGCGAGGUCAUUCGCCUGAUCGAGUUGGCGCGGGAGAGCUCGGCGACUGGGCGGACCCUGGAUGUUUAG